AUGUCAUUGAGAGGCGCCAUGCGAGAACAGAAGCGCCCGCUGCGGAAGGGCUCGGAAGGUUCAGGAUGGAAUGCUUUGCUUGGUCAGAAUUGGGCUCUAAAACCCCUAUUCGCCUGCCUACUAGUUUUGGUGACAGGGUGGUACCUUCAAUUUUUGGGCUUUGAAACAACGUUAGAUUUCUUUCGGCCUAUCGACAAAGAUAGCUAUUGGGAUGGGCACCGGGAGGAGGUGAAAGACGCUUUUGUGACUAGUUGGGAUGCUUACGCUAAAUAUGCCUGGGGGCAGGAUCGUUUUCAUCCAAUCUCUAAAACUGGUUCACAAAUGAGCCCCAGCGGUCUAGGGUGGAUCAUCGUCGACAGCUUGGAUACCUUGAUGAUCAUGAACCUAACUACUCGUCUUUCCAAUGCCCGAAAAUGGCUUAACCGUGGCUUGACUUAUAAUCAAGAUCAGGAUGUGAACACCUUUGAGACUACCAUCCGUAUGCUUGGAGGGCUUUUAUCCGCCCAUUACUUGUCCACUUUACUUCCAGAUGUUUCAUCCCGGCGGGACUAUAUUUACCUGUCCAAAGCAGUCGACCUUGCAGAUCGGCUUCUCAGCGCAUAUGAGUCCAGAUCAGGUAUUCCAUUUGCAAGUGUCAACAUUGGGACCCUACGAGGGCUUCCAUCUCAUGCAGAUGGUGGAGCUUCGUCAACGGCUGAGGCUACUACUGUCCAAUUAGAGAUGAAAUAUCUGGCCCAUCUCACCGGCAACGAGACCUACUGGCGCAAAGCUGAGCGCGUCAUGAAGGUAAUAGAUGAUCAGCAAAUGCAGGAUGGUCUCCUACCUAUUUUUGUGCACCCGGAUACCGGACACUUCACCCACCCAGAGAUUCGUCUUGGGAGUCGCGGAGAUUCAUACUAUGAAUACUUGAUUAAGCAAUACCUGCAGACCUCAGGGAGGGAACCAGUAUACUAUGAGAUGUGGGAAGAAGCAUUGGCUGGUAUCCAGAAACAUCUGCUCACCUCUACCAAACAUUCAAAUCUCCAGUUCAUCGCCGAGCUCCCUCAGGGCAUUGGUAGACCAUUGUCCCCUAAAAUGGACCAUCUCGUUUGCUUCUUGCCGGGCUCGAUCGCAAUCGGCGCUACUGAGGGACUGACCGAGAGGGAAGCACGCAAGCUGCCUGGCUGGAAUUCUCAGAAGGAAAAGCAGAUGCAACUGGCGCGUGAGCUCAUGAAGACCUGCUGGGCAAUGUAUGCAGUCACAGAGUCCGGCCUAUCCCCCGAGAUUGCCUGGUUUGAGACCGACGACGCCGAUCUCCAACCGUUUCCCCGGUCAUCAGCCCCGCCUCCAAGUAGGGAUGACAGAGCCUCCUGGAAACAGGACCUGAUUGUCAAACCUCUGGAUGCGCAUAACUUGCAGCGACCAGAAACCGUUGAAAGCCUUUUCCUAAUGUAUCGAGUGACAAACGACCCUAUCUACCGAAAAUGGGGAUGGGAGAUCUUCAAGGCAUUCCAGAAGCAUACGAUUGUAAGGGAUGGGGAAGGAUACACAUCCUUGCACGACGUUACAAAUGUCCCGACACCACAACGAGAUAAUAUGGAAAGCUUUUGGCUGGCAGAGACCUUGAAGUAUUUAUACCUCCUUUUUUCCCCAAGGGAAUUUCUCCCGCUCACCAAAGUGGUCUUCAACACGGAGGCCCAUGUGCUGCCUCGAUUCAACCAGACUAAAUUCCAGACGGGCUGGAAGCGGAGAAAGCGUCCUUAA